AUGCCUCAACUGUCAUCUUCAUCUUCAAAUUUUAUUAAUGAAUAUUCACUACCUCAAGUUCAUAAUAAUCAGACUUCAGUUGCUUCUAAAAUGACAAUUCGAGAACGAAAAAGAAUUGGUGAAGGUGCUUUUGGUACUGUUGUUGAAGCUUUAUUAAAAUAUGAUGAACCAAAGGACAAUAAUAUAAUACAGAUCAAUGGGAAUUCUUCUUCUCCUUGUGAGUGGCUUGGACCAUUUGCAAUUAAACGAGUACCUGCUCAAACAGAAUAUAAAUCAAGAGAAUUAGAAAUAUUAAGAGUCGUAAAUCAUCCAAAUAUUGUAUCUUUACGAUUUUUUUUCGAUAAAACAAGUUCAAAUGAUAAUAAAAUUUAUCAAAAUUUAGUUAUGGAAUGUUUACCAAGUAAUUUACAGAAUGAAAUUAAAUAUUAUCGACAACUGAAAUAUACUAUACCAUAUCCACAUAUGAAAGCUUAUACUUUUCAAUUAGUUAGAGCGAUGUUAUAUUUACAUGGAUUUGGAAUAUCACAUCGAGAUAUAAAACCUUCAAAUAUUUUAAUUGAUCCAUUAACUGUACGAUUAAAAAUUUGUGAUUUUGGAAGUGCUAAAAAAUUGGAGUUAAAUCAACCAAGUGUAAGUUAUAUAUGUAGUAGAUAUUAUCGAGCUCCAGAAUUAAUUAUUGGCUGUUCUUUAUAUACUACAAAAAUAGAUAUAUGGGGUUUAGGUUGUGUUAUUGCUGAAAUGUUCUUAGGCAAACCAAUUUUUCAAGGUCAAUUUCCAGAAACUCAAUUAAAAGAAAUUGCAAAAUUAUUAGGUCCACCUCCAAAUACAUUUUUUUUUAACAAUAAUCCUCAAUAUAGAGGUAAUAUGUAUACGACAAAAUUAUUUACAUGUUCAAUAAAGGAGAGAUUUGAACAAAUUUUUAGUAAUUCUCCACAAGAUGCAAUUGAUUUAUUAAUGAAAAUAUUAGUUUAUGAUCCUGAAUUAAGAGCAAGUCCAAGAAGAGUUUUAAUACAUCCCUUUUUCAAUGAAUUAAAAUCAAAAAAUUUUAAAGUAUAUCCUCGAGGUUCAAGUGAAUCAAUUGAAUUAAAUUUAUUUAAUUUUUCUGAUUUUGAAUUGGAAUUAUUAGGAUCUUUUAAAAAUGAAUUAAAAAUAACGUAA